UUUAGUUUAGAGUUAGAACUAGUCGUGUUGUGGCUGAGCGACGCACGCUGUGUUUGGUAACUGCGUUUAGAGAUAUAAUCUAUUACAUUUGAGAAUUAGCUGGAAUUAAUUGCAUUAUGUCUACAGAUGAAAAGUGCAGUUUACCUGCUCAUGACUCUAAAGGAAUUGUGUGGUUCAUAGGUGUACUUGUUAUUUGUUGGUUAUUAUUUAAACUAUUACGAUCGCUCUGGCGUGGACUGUAUACAUGUUUUAUUGCUGAUUUAAUAGGAGCUACUGUUGAUUGGAAAAAACUUGGAAGAUGGGCCAUUGUUACGGGUUCCACUGAUGGUAUUGGAAAAGAAUAUGCAAAUGCUCUUGCAGCCAAAGGAUUUAACAUAGUUUUAAUUAGUAGGAAUCAGGAAAAGCUAGAUACUGUUGCUCAAGAAAUUGAAAAGAAAUACUCUGUAAAAACCAAGACAGUAGCUGUUGAUAUCACGGAUGAACCAGUUAUUUAUGAUAAGAUUCGAAAAGAAGUUGAAGAUUUGGACAUUGGUGUAUUAGUUAACAAUGUUGGAAUGAGCUAUCAGUAUGCAGAAUAUCUUACUAAAAUUCCUAAUGCAGAAAAGUUUUCUGACAAUCUCAUCAAAGCUAACAUGGUGUCCUGUAUAAGGAUGACAUUAAUUGCUCUACCUAUUAUGGAAAGAUUGGGAAAAGGCGUCAUUCUGAAUGUUUCAUCUCUGUCUGCUCUGUCACCUGUUCCUUUAUUAAGCAUAUAUAGUGCCAGCAAGGUGUUUGUGAAUUAUUUUUCCAAAGCAACACAAGAAGAAUAUCAAAAGAAAGGCAUUAUUAUUCAAUCUGUACUCCCUGGAUUUGUGUCAACUAACAUGUCCAAAAUGAGACCUAGUUUUACCACCUGUACUGCCAAGGCUUAUGUAAAGUGGGCUAUGAAGACAGUAGGAGUGGAAACUCAAACCUAUGGGUAUCCUGUUCACAAAUUACAAGGCUAUGUGCAGGAGUUAAUUAUUGAAUAUCUGCCAGAAAGCGUGGGUCUUGCCAUUAACAGCAAAAUGAUGAAUGACAUUCGAAGGCGUUAUUACAAGAAAUAUGGAUUAGUGGAUGAUGAAAAAAAGAGCUCAUCAAAGAAUAAAUGAACAAUUCCACCUUUAUUAGCAUUUAAAUAAAUUAUACUUUUCGUUAUUAUUAUUUCAUAAAUAAUUUUCAAAGUGCUUAAAACCAGUGGGGGAAUAUAUCUUCUUGUGAAUUUCAACUGCAUAUUUUGAUACUUUUUUAUUUUUGCAUUUAUCAAUAAAUGUUAUUUCAUGUCUUUA